AUGCUGACUCUUCCAUUCGAGGACACGCACAGCAUCGAGCCGCGCUUCGGUGCCAGUUUCCCCCGCGACGCUCCACCCUCGGGCGGCCAGGAGCACCGCGAGCGUCCGGCGGCGCGCGGCGAGGACGACUUGCCCUGCACGUCCGCCGGCGACGAGGCGGGUUCGGAGCGCGGCGACGAGGACGAGCGAGAAGCGGAGGAGGGCGCCGGGCUCCUCCACAAGAAGCGGGGGCCCCGCAAGAAGAAGCCGGCCAAGGAGCAGCAGCACGACCGCUCCAGGAUGCGCAGGCAUGAGGCCAACGCCCGGGAGAGGAGCCGCAUGCACGGCCUGAACGCGGCGCUGGAGAGCCUCCGCAAGGUGGUUCCGUGCUACUCCAAGACGCAGAAACUGUCCAAGAUCGAGACCUUGAGGCUGGCGAAGAACUACAUCUGGGCCCUGUCGGAGACCCUGAGCGCGGGGAAGAGACCCGACCUGCUGGCUUUUGUACAGACUUUGUGCAAGGGACUCUCGCAGCCCACCACCAACCUGGUGGCCGGGUGUCUGCAGCUCAACGCCCGCAACUUCCUCACGGACCACAACGGGGAGGUCAUGUUCUCCGGGCGGCCGCCCUACGAGCCGGUCUACUCCGUCUCCUCCUACCCGGACGUCAGCACGCCCCCCGGGCACAGCGGCGGCUCCGGCGGCUUGGACGCGUCCUCCAAGCCCUUCCGCCCCUUCGGCUACGGCGGCGCCUACGAGCCCUUCCUGUACGAGAACCCGUCCCCGGAGGCCGGGAGCCCGCCUUUCGAGAGCCAGCCGAGCCCGCCGGUGAACUUGAACGGCCUUUUCUCGCUGAAGCACGACGAGCCCCCGGACUACGGCAAGGGGAACCACUACGGGGUGCGCUACUGCGGGGCUCCGGCGCGCGCGGCCCUGGCGCACGGCUCCAUGUACCGGGUGGCCCCGGAGGCCCGCUACCCCUACGACCUGCACGUCCGCGGCCAGUCCUUCCCGGCACAGGCGGAGCUCAACGCGCCUUUUCACAACUAAGCGAAGUGAAUGAUAUUUAUAUAGCGCUUUUUCUCUACUGACUCAAAGCGCUUCACACAGUGAAACCCAAUAUUUAAUUUUUACAUUUAAAGCAGUGUGGGUGGCACUGGGAGCAGGUGGGUAAAGCGUCUUUGCCCGAGGACACAACGGCAGUGACUAGGAUGGCGGAAGCGGGGAUCGAACCUGGAACCCUCAAGUUGCAUAGUGAAACCCAAUAUCUAAUUUUUACAUUUAAAGCAGUGUGGGUGGCACUGGGGGGAGGUGGGUAAAGCGUCUUUGCCCGAGGACACAACGGCAGUGACUAGAAUGGCAAAAGCGGGGAUUCGAACCUGGAUCCCUCAAGUUGCUGGCACGGCCGCUCUAUACCAACUCCCGCUUUGAUUUCCUCUCGGAAACUCCACAAAAAGUCUGCACUUUAGACGAGAAGAUUGGACUUGAAGCACAAAACGCGACUUUGACGCACGUUUAAUUUGGAAUGACAUGAAUUUGGAUCAAUUAUCUUUAUUUGGAGAUUGGCGCGAGCAAUAAAGGCAAAUUAAAGCUAUGCAAUGCAAUCUUAAAUGUUCAAAUCAUGACCUAAAACGCUGGUCCUGUGGCAGUAUUCAUAUUUAAAAAGUGCAUUUAUUUAUGUGCAGUAAAUAGUGUUUUGAUCAGGUGAAUGUAAAAUGACUAUUAUGAUGUAUUUAUUUAUUUAUGAACUAUGACACAUUAGUGCAGUGGUUCUCAACCUUUUUGCAGUGAUGAAAAAUCUUUUUAAUUCAAGUAUCCCGCAAAUCAGAGCAAAGCAUUUUUGGUUGGAAAAAAAAAGAGAUAAAGAAGUAAAAUACAGCACUAUGUCAUCAGUUUCUGUUUUAUUAAAUUGUAUAACAGUGCAAAAUAUUGCUUAUUUGUAGUGGUCUUUUUUGAACAAUUUGGGAAAAAAGAUAUACAAAUAAAUAAAAAGUUGUUGAAAAAUAAACAAGUGAUUCAAUUAUAAAUAAAGAUUUCUACACAUAGAAGUAAUCAUCAACUUCAUUCUAAACCUUUCUUCUAAAAAAAACAACUUUUAACAUCAAUAUUUAUGAAGAAAUCUAGCUGUCAACACUGAAUAUUGCAUUUCUUUUCACACUUUAUGAACUCACAUUCAUAUUUUGUUGAAGUAUUAUUCAAUAAAUAUAUUUAUAAAGGAUUUUUGAAUUGUUGCUAUUUUUUUUAGAAUAUUUUUUAAAAAUCUCACCUACCCCUUGGCAUACCUUCAAGUACCCCCCCCCCCCCGCCCCCGCCCCCCAUUUGAGAACCACUGCAUUAGUGCAUUUAAUGUGAAAGAUUGUUUGAUUUUAUUGUUGACAAUAUUUAUUAUGACCACACCAUUUUUGAUAUGCAAUCACAUCAAAGUGUUUUCUUUCAAUUUUGCACCGACUGUCUUUUUUUUGGGGGUUUUUUGUAUUAUUAUUGCCGACUUGUUCGAAAUCGUGAAGUUUGUGUUCCGUGGCGGACAUUUAAUAAUAAAUCGAUACAUUAUUGGGGGGGAAAAAUCGAAAUGGAAAAAUAUGUUUGUUUUUAUUUCGUUGUGAUAAUUUUUUCUGCAAGCUGGAAUUGUCUUAAACUUAUUUUUCAGGGGGAAAAAAGUGUUUCAGAGAAUUGUACGCGCAGAAAUAAACCACAGUUGGACGACUUUAAGAUGUUGGAUGUUUGCCA